AAGGUUAUAUGUUGUCUAUGUCUAUGUUUUUUUUUUAAUUUGGGUUAUCUGUUUUUAAUAUUUCCUUUUUUUGUCAAUAUAACCUAAAAUUAUUAAUAAUAUUAAUACUUCGUCAUUUAAUCAAUAUUUGUUGAUAUUUAUGAAUUAAAGCCGCUGAGCCAAACUGUGCGGCAAUUAGUAAAAUGAUACAUAAACACUUUCUAUUACUGUAUAAAGGCGUUCCUAGAGGAAUUAACCAAUAUGAAGGAGUUUUUCAAAGAACUUAAAGGUUUAAAAACACGGCUCCAUAGAAUAGAUUUUUUCAGUUUUUAUGUGAUUAUAUGUCAAGAGUCGUGUUAAUAAAGUGGUGUACUAGUGAAUGUGUUGAACGAGUUUCUUUCUUUCCGCCGCCCCUUACAUCAGAAGCGGGGAGUGUUGAACGCUGCAGUUGACCGCAGCUAUAAAAAUGGAGGCACGUACAACCUCAGACCAACGCUCGCGAAGUCCUAUACUCGGCAAGCCGAACCAAACUGGACCGAGAACUCAGUGCGUAAGCGAGCAAAAAGCUUCACCCAUCCGGGAGCCCAGCCAGGCGUUCAGCAGGAGUCACAGCCGGCGUAGCAGCCGGCGUCUCAGCCGGCCACUUAGCCGGCACCCCAGCCGGCGUCGUAGCCGGACGCUCAGCCGGCGUCGUAGCCGGACGCUGAGCCGGCGUCCGAGCCGUCGUCGUAGCCAGGAGCCUAGCAAGAGUCACAGCCGGCGUCGCCACCGGGCGAUUAGCCGACAUCCCAGCCGGCGUCGUAGCCGGGCGCUCAGCCGGUCGCUCAGCCGGCGUCCCAGCCGGCAUUCCAGCCGGCGUCCCAGCCGGAGUGCCAGCCGGAGUCCGAGCCGGCGCCCGAGCCGGCGCCCGACCCGGCGUCCCAGCCGGCGUCCCAGCCGGCGUCCCAGCCGGCGUCCCAGCCGGCGUCCCAGCCGGCGUCCCAGCCGGCGUCCCAGCCGGCGUCCCAGCCGGCGUCCCAGCCGGAGUUGCAGCCGACAGCCCAGCCGAAGUCGCAGUCGCUUAACCGAACGACGAAGCAACUACGAGCCAGCCAGCCAAAUCGAAGAACAACAAGACGAGUCAGUUGUUGUGAAUGUUAAAGAAUUUAUGACUUCUAUGAACAAUUUUAAACCAGAUCACAUUAAAAAGUUACAUUAUGAUAAAAAUAUUAUCCCUGAAUUUGAUCCAGCAAUUAAAAGUCAUACAAUCGAAAUUUGGUUAUCCAAAGUUAAUGAGUGCGCUAGUAUUUAUGGUUGGGAGGAUAAACAAAUAGCUCAUUUUGCACUUCCUCGAUUAAUAGGUCAUGCUAAAAAGUGGUAUGAAGGUUUACAAUCAAUUAAUCAUACUUGGUCAGAGUGGCAGGAAUAUCUCAAACGUGAUUUUCCUUCAGAAAGUAAUUACGGUGCUCUGUUGUCAGAAAUGUUGGACAAGCGUUAUAAAUUAGGAGAUUCUUUAGACGAAUAUUAUUAUGAUAAAAUGGUGUUAUUAACUGCUUGUGACAUUUCGGAAAAAAGAGCUGUCGAUUGUAUUAUUUACGGACUAGAUGACAGCACAUUGAAAGCUAGUGCUUCUUCUGCUAGGUUUAGUCGACCCGAAGAUUUGUUAGGGUUUUUAAAAGAUAUGUGCCGGGAACAUAAUUACAAAACUAGUACUAUAAAUCCUACGCAUCAAAUUGACAAACCUUCAAUUGUUUGUAGUAAAUUUAACAAAACAGGACAUAGUUUUAGGAAGUGUAAGAUAGUUGUUUGUUACAAUUGUAAAGAAGCUGGUCACGUUUUUAGCCAGUGCACGCAGUCAAUAAUUACUUGCGAAAAAUGUUUAAGAAAAGGUCAUAAAACUCAAGAUUGCUAUUCAAAAAAGGAAAUUAAGCCAAAUAUAAAACCCAAUAUUGAAAAGCGUACUUUGGCUAUAGGAUCCAAUACUAAUUCAAAUAAUAAAUUUUACAAAAAGUUUUUAUAAAUAAUAAUAAUAAUGAAUAUCUUGAGGGGUUUACAGAUUUUGGGAGUGAUUGUACUUUAAUUCGAGAAAAUAUACUCGCUAAAUAUAAUUUGAUUUUAGAAAAUGAUGACCAUCCAGUGAUUAAAGGUGUAGGUGAUUUAAGAAUAAAGUCUCUUGGUUAAACUAGGUUCAAUUUAAAAAUAGAUGAGAUAGAAGCUUCCAUUAUUGCGCACGUUAUUACUUCUGAACAUUUGCAUGUUCCUAUCCUUAUUGGCCAAAACUUCACAGAACUUCCACAAAUAGUAGUAAUAAAAACUGAUCAAUCAUUAGAACUUAUUAACCGUGAAAUUCAGCCUGAAUUACCAACAAUCGAACAUGAAACUAGUUGUUGAGUCAAAUUACUUAUUAGAGAUGACUGUAAAGUAGAUAAAACUCAGCUUAUUCCAUGUUAUAUUUCAAGCAUAAAAGAUGCAACGAUUUGUGUACCGAGCAGUUAUUGAUGUUAUUUGGGCUUAAUAUAUUGGAUACAGGAAGGUAUGUAUAAAGUUAGUGACGGUAAAGUUUCUAUUGUAGUGGUCACACCUUCAACAUAUCUUGAAUUAAAGAAAAAUACAGUAUUAGCUUGAGCAAAAUUCAAAAAAAGUCAAAUCAAAUAGUGACUCUUCCAAGCCAGCUUUAGCCUAUAUGGAUCAUUUAAUUAUAGCUUCUAAAGAUUUCGAGGUCGGAAUUCAUAACUUAGAGACUACUUUUAAUUUAUUAAAGAAUGCUAAUUUAACUUUGAAUGUCAAGAAAUGUAAUUUUUUCCUGUCUAGUAUUGAGUAUCUGGGUUAUGAAAUAAGCUCCGAAGGUGUUACACCAGGUAAAGCUAAAAUCAAAGCGGUUCGUUGUUUUCCUUGCCCAAUAAAUGUACACGAAGUAAGACAAUUCAUAGGUUUAACAAGUUACUUCCGUAAAUUUGUUAAAGAUUUUGCAAUAAUAGCAGAGCCGUUAACCAAUUUAACAAAAAAAAAUAUGUAUGGAGGUGGGGUGAUGCAGAAAAUCGAGCAUUUGAAAGUUUAAAGAAUCGAUUAAUUGGUCGACCCGUGUUAGCUUUAUACAAUCCCAAAUAUAUAACCGAGUUACAUACAGAUACUAGUAAAUUAGGUCUUGCGGGAAUUAUUUUCCAAAAGGAUAGUGAAUCUGUUCCUUUUAAGCCCGUGGCUUAUUUUAGCCGAAAAACUACCCCAGAUAAGCAAAAAUUUCACGCUUACGACCUCGAAACUUUGGCUGUCAUCGAAUCUUUAAAAAUAUUUCGUACCUAUUUGUUAGGGCUAACGUUCACAAUUGUCACAGAUUGUAAUGCGUUAAGAGCUACUUUUAUUAAGAGAGACCUUUUGCCCCGUGUUGCACGCUGGUUGUUGCAAUAGAGAUGAUGACAGUUUUUUAAAUUGUAUAUAAAUUAAGAGUAUACUAAUAGUAAAGCAAUUUUGUAAAAGAAACAGGGUAUCUGCGAUCAUUACUUUCGGAGCUACAGGGAUUUAAAGAGUCAGAUUUGCGGCGCUGCCGCGGAUCCCUGAAAAACGCCCCAUACAAAAUGGCUUGAACUAAUGACGUCAUAGGCAAUGUAAUGAUCGUUAGAUUUGUAUGCGCGUUCAAAUAAAAUUACUAAUAUCUUUGUCAUUUGUGCGUUUAUGCUUAUAGUUCAUAUAUUAAAAAAUGUCACAUUUAAUGUAAGGAAGCUAAAACUGUAUGAAUUUUCAUCUAAUUACGAUAAAAUAUUUUUAAUAGAUUUUGAAAUUUUAUAAUCUCAUUUAUUUUGCAAAUAUCCAGACAAUCUUUGCUUCUUAUGUAUAAAUUAGUUAACAUUGACCCUAUUUACCCGAAUGUAUCAUAAAAAUCAAUAUAUUCAAACCUAGUCAUCAUCCCCAUUACAGGAGUUCGACUGCGAUGUAGUUUAUAGACCAAAUAAUAAAAUGAGACAUGUGGACGCGCUUAGUAAAAAUCCGAGUACACCUGCUCGAAUAUUAUCAUUGUCAACUGAAGACUGGUUAUUAAGUCUUCAAUUAACAUAUCCUAAAAUAUGUCAUAUUCGCGAUGUUUUGCUAGAUAAUAAUUGUAGUGAUGUUACAGACAUAAAAAAAAAAUACGUUGUAAAAGAUAAUAAACUAUUUCGAAAAGAAGGACAAGAAUUAAAAUAGGUGGUACCUAAGGACGCUAGGUGGCAGCUAUGCCAAAAGAAUCAUGAUGAGAUAGGACAUUUUUCUAUAGAAAAAACCCUUUCAAAGUUAAAAAAGGAUUUUUGGUUCCCUAAAAUGAAGAAAUUUGUCACAAAAUAUAUUCGCUGCUGUAUUCGUUGCGCUUUAAGUAAAGAUGUAUCCGGGAAAAAGGAAGGUUAUUUACAUCCCAUAACUAAAAUAGAUAUUCCUUUUCACACAGUCCAUAUUGACCAUUUAGGACCUUUCAUUAAGAGUAAAAAAGGAAAUCUUUAUUUAUUAGUACUUGUUGAUGGUUUCACAAAAUUUUGCAUAUUAAAGCCAGUACGAAGUUUAAAGAGUAGUUUAACUAUAAAUGCACUUACCGAUAUUUUCUCCAAGUACUGGGGAAAGUACAAUGGGGUUUAAAUAAUACGAUUAAUAAAGGAAUAGGUAAAACACCGUCGGAGGUUUUGUUUGGUCGCUCUUUGACGGAUUAUAACGAAAAUAUGCUUGUUGAAUUAUUUAAAGAUACUCGUAGUUAAAUUCAGACUAUCGACAAAAUUUGAUCAGAAGUAAAUAAGUUUUGAUAAAAAUAGAAAAGAUCCAAAAAAUUACUCAGUAGGGGAUUUAGUAAUAAUUAAAAAGAAAAUUAAUUCUAAUGAAGGGAAAAGCAGGAAAUUAAUGCCAGUUUAUUCAGGUCCGUAUAUAAUAACAAAAAUAUUAGGAAAUGAUAGAUAUGAAGUAUCUAGUAUACCUGGUUCAAAUAUAGGCAAGAAGAAAUAUUGCAAUGUAUGGGCAGUUGAUCAGAUACAGCCAUGGAUUAGUACACUCAUUAGCGAUAGUGAAAAUAGUGAAUAGUAAUAGAAUAGAAUAGAAAGUUUGAGUUACUAAAAUUAUUGAUUGUUCAACAUAUGUUAUUGUAUGAAUGAAUUAUUAUUAUAUGGAUUAUUGUCAUUAUUUAUCAUUGUUUGUUAUUUACAUAUUCCUUGAAUUGGAUUCCUUAAUUAUUAAUUCCUUGAUUUGGAAUUUUAUUGUUUGUUUAUUAAUGGAUAAUAAUUUGAAUUUUUAAUGAAUAUAAUAAUUAUGAGAUAGAUGUGCCUAUUGACCGAAUAUGUUAUCGGGCAGGGUGCAAAAUAAAUGUGCCUAUUGACCGAAUAUAUUAUCGGGCAGGGUGCAAAAUAGAUGUGCCUAUUGAUCAAAUAUGUUAUCGGGCAGGGUGCAAAAUAGAUGUGCCUAUUGACCGAAUAUGUUAUCGGGCAGGGUGCAUAAUAGAUGUGCCUAUUGACCGAAUAUAUUAUCGGGCAGGGUGCAAAAUAGAUGUGCCUAUUGAUCAAAUAUGUUAUCGGGCAGGGUGCAAAAUAGAUGUGCCUAUUGAUCAAAUAUGUUAUCGGGCAGGGUGCAAAAUAGAUGUGCCUAUUGACCGAAUAUGUUAUCGGGCAGGGUGCAUAAUAGAUGUGCCUAUUGACCGAAUAUAUUAUCGGGCAGGGUGCAAAAUAGAUGUGCCUAUUGAUCAAAUAUGUUAUCGGGCAGGGUGCAAAAUAGAUGUGCCUAUUGAUCAAAUAUGUUAUCGGGCAGGGUGCAAAAUAGAUGUGCCUAUUGACCGAAUAUGUUAUCGGGCAGGGCACAAGAUAGGUGUGGCUAUUGUCCAAAAACGUUCCAGGCAUAGCACAUAAUAAGAUUAAUAAAUUAUAAUAGUAGAAUCUAGACCAAGUAUAUGUAAAAGUAAAGUAAAAGUAUUUGUAUUAACGGAUAUCCUACAUUAAAUAUUACAAACAACAUUUGGGGUACUUGUAGUGAUGUCAAUAUACGUACCAUAACGUAUAAUGACAAGAGUAAUUCUUAGUUUCAAAAAUAUCCGAAGAUCAUUUUAUUGAUAAAAUUAAAAUUAAUAAGUAACUCAAAAACGUAUAUUAACAUAACCCACAAGUGUAAUUAUGUUAAUAUAGAACACGAUAAAUAGGAGAUUGAUGUUUGACUUAUUUGAUGCUUGUUAUUUGUUCCGUUAGAAAGGUAUAAAACGGCUUCAUGAAAGAGAUU